AUGCUCUCCAUCAAGACGGCCCUUGCGGCCUUGCUCUUCUUCUCCCCUCUGGCACAGGCGCGCCCGAGAUGCCCCACGCGGGAUGAGAGGCAAUGGGUCACCAUCUGGGGAACCAUGCCCCAGCUCUGCGAGCCGGCCAACUUGCCCCCGACGCCGUUUGUGAGUCUUUCUCACCCUACUCCUGACAUCGAGACAUUGGCUGACGUUGCCCAGAACGAGACGGGCCGCGUCUUCCGCGACGCAACACUCCGCCAGACCGUCAAGGUCUCGCUCGCGGCCUCAACCCUCCGCCUGCAGAUCAGCAACGCCUUCGGCGGCUCCGACCUGCCCGUCACCUCCGUCACCAUCGCCCGCACGGCAAACAACACGGCCGGCACGAGCGCCGUCGACACCAACUCCCUCCAGGUCGUCACCUUCUCUGGCGGCAGUGGUGGCUUCGUCGUACCCAACGGCGCUGUCGUCUUCUCUGACCCCAUCGAACUCGCCGUCGCGGCCCAGUCCGUCGUCUCCGUCACCAUCUACCUAGCCGACGGCCAGUCGACCAAUAGCGUCACGGCCCAUCCGGGCAGCCGGACGACGUCAUUCCUCGUGCGCGGCGACCACGUCGCCGACGCGGACCUCGGCGCCGACGCCACCCGGACGGACCACUGGUACCUCAUCAGCGCCAUCGAGGCCUGGGUGCCCAAGAGCGAUGGCAGCGCGUCAGCGGCGGUCGCCAUUGUCGGCGACUCCAUCUCGGAUGGCAGGGGCUCAACGACCAACGCCAACAACCGCUGGCCUGACCGGCUCCUCGAGCGGAUGCAGGACGAGCCCUCGACUCGCGGGGUCGCCAUCGUCAACGAGGCCGCCGGUGGGAACCGUGUGCUGGCCGACGGGCUCGGCCCCAAUGCCCUGGGUCGCAUCGACAGGGACGUCGUCGCGCACUCGGGCGUGCGGUACGCCGUAAUUUUUAUCGGCGUCAACGACAUCGGCACGACGGGAACAACGGCGGCGGCGCAGGAGGCCGUGGGCGACCGGCUCGUGGCGGCGUACGACCAGAUGAUCACGCGGCUGCACCGGUUUGGCAUCGCCGUGUUCGGGGCGACCAUCACGCCGCUGACAGGGGACGGCCAGCCGUACUCGGAUCCGGAGAGGGAGAGGACGAGGCAGCGUGUUAAUGGGUGGAUCCGCAACAGCGGGCGGUUCGACGCCGUGAUCGACUUUGACGCCAUCGUCCGGGACCCUGCAGCGCCCGAGAGGUUACGAGCCGAGUACGACACGGGGGAUCAUCUGCACCUCAACCCGGCCGGUUAUGAGGCAAUGGCGGCCGGUGUGGACCUGGCGCUGUUUGAGGAAUUCAAGAACGGGGUCUGGAGCAUGACAUAG